AUGGGCGAACUCGAUCCAUGGAUGAAUGACGACUGGUUACGACAACUAUUUUGGAGCUUAGGAGAAGAAGUGACAACACGUAUUAGUAUUGACAAAUACGGCGGAACAUAUGCAUUUAUCGACUUUAAAACACACGAAGGUGCGACAAAAAUUUUACAGACAUAUAAUGGUACCAUCAUACCCAACACAAAUAAAUACUUCAAAUUGAAUUGGUCUAAUCGAGAUGGUAAUGGCAUGCCUAUAUUGAAUCCUUCAAUGCAUCAUAAUCAAAAUGAUGGAUGUAGUGUAUUUGUGGGAGAUUUAGGACCUGAUGUGGAUGAUAGCAUAUUAUUAGCAGCCUUUCAAAGUCGAUACGCAACUACAGUAUCUGCCAAAGUCAUGAUCGACCCCACCACUGGAUUUUCCAGAGGAUUUGGGUUCGUCAAAUUCUAUGAUCCAGCGGAUCAGCAACGAUCCAUUGAUGAAAUGCAAGGUGUUUACGUCGGUUCUAGAGCUGUUCGAGUGUCUAUUGCUAGACCUAGAUCUGCCUUCCAAAACAACAACCCAAACAAUAUGUCACUCAAUCCAAAUGUGCCAGAACACGAAAUCACAACCGUAUUUGUAGGUGGUUUGAACAACACCAUCACUGAAGAGGAAUUGAGAGGAUAUUUUGGCACCUAUGGCGAUAUUCUAGCGGUGAAACUGAUUCCCAAUAAGAACAUAGCAUUUAUUCAAUAUGAUAAGAGAUCAUCUGCCGAACAAUCCAUUGCCGAACUCAACGGAUCUCAUUUGGGUGGCGCAAAGCUGAGGUUAUCCUUUGGAAGAACACAGUUGAAUCUAGGACCUACAUAUCACCAUAACACCCCAACAUAUAACAGGAAACCACCUCCAAAAUUGCCCUGCAAGAUGAAUAGUAAAGUAUUUUCAACCCUUUCACAACAAAACGAAACCUCAAGCAGCAUUAUACAAUUAACUUACGCUUAUACCAUUAUUAAUCUACAACAGAUCGCACUCGUAGUGAGCCCUCUAAAACUAAUCGACAUAUUAAUUCCUUCUGUUCUUCUUUCUGGUUCAUCAAGAAAAUCCCCACUUGAUCCUGAUGCUCUCGUAAAUACUCCUCAUAGAAUUGAUGGCAAAAGAGUUCAUAUUGAGUUCAUUCGAAAUCAAGCACAAGAAGGAAGGUCGUCCAACGAACAAACGGCCAGAUUACUUGCCCGAACUUUCUGCAUGGGGUCAAUGAUUGGCGUCAAUACGUUUGUUGAAGAAUGGAAAACGAAUAAUGAUGUGAAAUUAUGGAUCAAUUAUACCCUUCGCAACUGUACUAUUUUUUUCAAACAACUCAAUGAAGAAUACAAGGUAGUUUACAAAUUUAAAGACCUCAGUACGGAUAUGGUCGUGGAAAGGGAAGGCAAUGUUACGGCCUUCACUAUCUCUCUUCGACAUCCUGGCCAAUUUUGGCGUCGAAAUAAUAAUGUAAUCACUGAAACCAGCUUUUCAUCAAAACGAGGUCAAAAAUGGGAAAGAGUGACGCUUAUUCCUCUGACGCCCGACUCUGAUAUUACGUCUCGCCCAUCAAGCCCUUUCCUUCCUUUACCACGAAAAGGUGUCCUCAAUAUCGGUAGCUGGAUUGUUUAUCGUAUCGUCUUCAAUCCAGGCUCAAAUCAUAAAGCCAAUUUUGAACAGCAACUGCAAGAAGCCGCUUUUUUUAACCUUGUACCACAAAAUCUUGAAAAUUGCAAGCCUAAAAUCAAAAUUGUGGAAGCGUCUACGUUACCAAAACCGUUUGACCAUGCGGACAGAUCAAACAAGUGGAACUUUGACUUUGACGUCUUAUACAUGCUCGAGUCUUGCAUUUCUUACUACUACUUUAACGAAUACAACCUCACCAAGGAAUUUUAUGAUAUGAUUGCCAACGUUGAUCCCAGCUUUGCGAUCGGUGUUCUUCAAAUUAUUAGUCAAGCGAAAAAGCCCGUUUACGAUCCCUACGAAAAGUUUUAUGAUAUAUGGAAAAGAAUGGGUAAUAGAGUGAAAGAAGAAAAGACCAUCCCUAGUCAUUGCACUAUGCUUCGUAAGGUCAUCAUUACUCCGUCGCAUAUCUAUUAUCAGCCUCCUACUUUAGAAACCACGAACCGUGUCAUUCGUCAUUACAAAGACCAGUGUGAUUCUUUUAUCCGUAUUCAAUUUGUCGACGAAGGGUUCAACCGCGUUGGCGCUUCCGGUGCCAAUGGCGAUACUGUAUCAAAAAAUGCCAUUUACAACCGUAUUUAUGAUGUGUUGAAGCGUGGUGUUCAGAUUGGUAAAAGACGUUUCGAAUUUUUGGCCUUUUCCAGCUCCCAACUACGUGAACAAGGUUGCUGGUUCUUCGCCCCUACCCGUGAAUUGACGCCCAAUGAUAUUCGCAAUUGGAUGGGUGUCUUUUCCCACGAAAAAGUCGUAGCAAAACAUGCCGUCAGAAUGGGACAAUGCUUCUCUUCCACGAGGCCUAUCUAUACCUUGACCACGGACCAGAUUGAAUACAUUGACGAUAUCGUCCGUGGGCAGUAUACUUUCUCCGACGGUGUUGGGAAAAUCUCUCCGUCUCUAGCCCAACAAGUAGCUUUGAAGAUGGAACUCAAGACGGUUCCUAGUGCUUUUCAAUUCCGGUUAGGCGGGGCCAAAGGUGUGCUUACUGUGUCAAAGGAACUUGAAAACAAAAAGGUCCAAAUACAAUUGCGUCCUAGUCAAAUCAAGUUUGAGUCUGAGCACACGACACUGGAAGUCAUCCGCCCAUCCACUUAUAUACAUAGUUAUCUUAAUCGCCAGGCCAUCACAUUAUUGGCUUGUCUUGGUGUUCCGGAUGAUGUAUUUAUGACUCUCAUGCAUGAAAUGAUUCAAGAUGUGAAUAGGUUGUUCCAAAAAUCAGAAGAAGCCAUCCGAGUUUUACUAGGCAACGUGGAUCAAGCUGGCACUGCUGUGUCUCUGGUUUCCAUCCUUCAAGCGGGCUUCUUAGAACAUCGUGAUCCUUUCAUCAGAAACAUGCUUAAUCUGUUCCGUAUCAUGGUGUUGAAGGAUUUGAAGAAGAAAGCCAAGAUCAUUGUCCCCCAGGGCGCUUAUCUCCUCGGUGUCAUGGACGAAACGGGAACACUUGAAGAGGGCGAGGUAUUUGUUCAAAUUUGUGAUACUACUUCCAAUGGAACGAAUAAGAGAAUUAUUACAGGCGAUGCCGUGGUAUACCGUAACCCCUGCUUUCACCCUGGAGAUAUUCGUACAGUCAAGGCCGUCGAUAAAAAAGAGCUUCAUCACUUGUUCGAUGUGAUCGUCUUUCCCCAAAAGGGCUUUCGUGAUAUUCCGAGUAUGUGCUCUGGUGGAGAUUUGGAUGGUGAUGACUAUACUGUGUAUUGGGAUCCCCGCUUACUACCUUCCACCAAGAACUAUCCACCGAUGGAUUACACACCGGAGCCUCCUAAGAAAGUAGAUAAGGUUCAAAUCAAAGAUAUUAUCAAGUUUUUCGUGAAUUAUAUGGAUAAUGACGUCCUUGGACAAAUUGCCAAUGCUCAUCUAGCCACUGCCGACCUUUCCCCGCUUGGUGCAAGAGAUGGUCGCUGUAUCAAGCUUGCUCAUCUCCACUCGACUGCUGUAGGUAAACUAUCUUUUAGUACCAUCGUUUGUUUCUUUAUUACUUUCCCCUCCCCCGUUGUAUGGGACCAUGUUCAUAAUAAUCACUUAUUUCGGUAG